AUUUAACAAAACUCUCUUCACAUCUCUAUCUUUAUUUCUCUCCCACACAUUUUUCUGACGAAUUGUCUAUUAUCAUUUUUUUGAAUACCUUAAAACGGCGUGUAACGAAAUUAUGCUGCCAGAACGUCUACCCAAGCUGAAGUACUAACUGUACUAAGGGGGGAGGCAUACAAGUAAAUAAACUUUAGUCUCCUCAAAACAAUUUUCGUCGCGUAUAAAAGUUAAGUUCAGAACAGAUGUUGUGUAUUUGCUGUGUUAUAGGACGCGUACAACAUUGCGUUCUCGCGCGCAGCGUGAUAUAAUAUUUGAUCGAGUAUAAUUGAAUGAUAAUCGUGUUUUAUUACAUUUAUUUUAUAAGAACUUAGUUAAAGUGAAAAGUUAUGAAAUGGAGCUCCAUCCUAGAAAAACGUCAUUGAGGUAUUUACCCAACAGGCCGCCUGUCGAUAUCGAAUUUCGUGAUGUCAGUUAUACUGUGCCUGAAGGAAGAAAAGAUUCUAAAGUGAUAUUGAGGAAUGUUUCCGGUCACUUCAAGGCUGGACACUUAACUGCAUUACUGGGGCCAUCUGGGGCAGGAAAAAGUACACUUCUGAAUAUAUUAGCAGGUUAUAAAAGUGACAGUGCAACAGGACAAAUUUUAAUAAAUGGCAAAUCAAGAGAUCUUAAACAAUUCAGAAAAAUGUCGAGGUAUAUCAUGCAGGAUGAUUUAAUCCAACCAAUGUUAACAGUAAGAGAAUCUAUGAUGGUAGCAGCGAAUUUGAAAUUGGGAUCCACUUUAGUAAAAUCGGAUAAAAUCAAAGCGAUCAAUGAAAUAUUAGCGUUAUUAAGAUUAGACAAUGCAAGUAAUACCAGCUCCAAUCGAUUGUCUGGAGGCGAAAGGAAAAGAUUAUCAAUUGCUCUAGAAUUACUGAAUAAUCCCCCCGUUUUAUUUCUAGACGAGCCAACAACAGGAUUGGAUGACCUUUCAUGUUCUCAGUGUAUAAGAUUAUUAAAGAAAAUUGCGGAAGGUGGACGCACAGUAAUUUGUUCUAUUCAUACGCCGAGUGCCAAACUGUUCUCUAUAUUCGAUAUCGUUUAUGUAUUAUCCGAUGGUCAAUGUGUUUAUCGUGGUUACGGUCCGGAAGUUGUGAACUUUUUGCUUGAAAUAGGAAUCGAAUGUCCAAAACAUUAUAAUCCAGCUGAUUUCAUCAUGGAAAUUUGCUGUAGUGAAUAUGGAGAUUUCCAAGAUCAAAUGGUAUCCAUUAUAGAAAAUGGCCGAAAAAAUUAUACAAAAAUGGAGCAUACUCGUAUUGAAGAAAAUAACGAAGACGUUAAUGCUCACUCUAGUAUUUCAUCAAUAGAAGAAGUAUAUGCCGAGUUAAGUUCGUCAAACUUUACUCAUCAGUCAAGUUGGUUUAGUCAAUUUUGGAUUCUUACCACACGACUGUGGUUGCAGAUGUGGAGAGACCAGAUGUACCUUUUGAUGAGAGCAUGCUUGUAUACAUUGGUUGGACUUUUGGUGGGUACGCUAUAUUAUGGAAUGGGGCAAGAUGGUUCUAAGACUAUAUUCAAUUUUGGAUUCUACUAUUGCUGUAUCAUAUUUUUUAUGUACAUACCAAUGAUGCCUAUUCUAUUACAAUUUCCUCGAGAAAUACAACUGGUAAAGAGAGAGCAUUUCAACAAAUGGUAUAGAUUAAGUGCUUAUUAUUCAGCACUCUCAGUUUCUACAAUUCCCGUUCAAUUAAUACUUGGAUUAAUUUAUAUGGGCUCCGUCUAUCUCUUGACAGAUCAACCCUUAGAGGUACACAGGAUGGUGAUGUUUUUCAUUAUUUGCAUUUUAACCAGUGUAGUUUCUGAGAGUCUUGGACUUCUUGUGGCAGCUCAACUAAAAGUUGUGAAUGCCGUAUUUAUGGGUCCAGUAGUUUCGGUUCCUUUCAUGCUAUUGGCCGUCUACGGAUUUGGUUCUGGUUAUGAUACUGUACCAACGAUAAUAAAAGUCUUCAUGCAAUGUAGCUACCUUCGAUAUUCCCUAGAAGGGCUAAUACACGCUAUGUUGAAAGAUAGAGAGAAAUUAUCUUGCCCUGAUACUUCAGAAUAUUGUAUAUAUACUGAUUUGAAUUUCUUCGUUAAAGAUAUGGGUAUGGAAAAUACUAUAUUUUGGGUUGACGUGUUGGCACUCACUUUUAUUUUAAUUCUAUUUAGAGGUAGCAGUUAUUAUUUGCUACGACAAAGGUUAACACCAAGUAAAACGUUUAUAGCUUUAAAAUAUGUAGGUAGUAUAGUAAAAUCUCAUAUUGGUAUCACACGGUGAUAAAGACUUGUAAUAAAUUGAGUCUUAUUCUUUUCUGUGUAUACGCAAUAUUUUAAUAAUAUGGAAUAGGGUCUUAAAUGAUGGUAGAUAAUAAUAAAUAGAUGUCUCGACAUUAUUUUUUAAUUACUUCAAAGUAUGAAUUGAGUUAUUUUUCAUUUGCUCAUUCCCAUCACAAAUAAAAUAGACUGGGGAUAUUAGAGUGUGAAAGUUGGCAAUAAAAUGUCUUAGAAAUGGGGAGAACAAAUAUAAUAGUGAUUUAUGACCAUUUCAAAAGAAUGCGAACAAGAUAUUUUCUUAAAACUGUAUUUGUAUUUAAAUUUUCUAGUCCAAUACUAUUGUUAGUCUUUCAUUUCAACAUUUUAUUCAAAUUCCCUCUUCACUUUAUUUCUCAUUGUAAUGAUAUAGUAGAAUUAAGACCCACUUCUCAUCUUUCUCUUUAGGCCGUUUGACAUGAUGCAAGACAACGUGCAAUGCAAUGCAAGACUCUAUAUUUUUUGAUCAAAAGCAUGAGCAGAAGGAGUUUGGGUAAUUGUUACAUGCAAGAUCUCGCACUCGCAACAUUAUUGGUGUGAUCAUUUUUAUUGCAUGUACGUUACAAGUCUAGGGAGAAAUGAGCUUCUGAUCUGCUGAUACUACGUCUCUCGCCAAGGACUUCUUAAUUAUCUCAUGUUUUAUUUUCCUUACGAGUUUUUCAAAUGUUUUUUCACCUAAUCUCCAUUUUGUAUGUUUUCUAACCCAAUUUUAUAGCUAAACUCAUGUUUCCUCUUGUUCUAUCUAGCCAUGUCCUGGCUCACCAUCGCCUGGGUGCUCUUUUCUGUUCAUCACACUCUAGAAGCAAGGUAGCAGACGAUAUAAUUAUUGCUAGUGAUCCUCCUUUCUCUUGUUUAUUUUACUUAGUUUUUUGUAUUUUCAUUUUUAAACCGCUCACACAUAUUAAAUAAAAUGCAAUAUUAAUCUAUGCAAUAUAUUGACUUUGCAAUAAAUUGCAUCAUGUCAAGCGGCCUUAACUGUUUUAAAUUUUAUUGUUUCUUAUUAGAUCCAACAAUGGAAUGCUCCUUAUAUCUAACCUUUCUCAAUUUUCUGAUUAAUUAUUUUGGAUGCUAAUGAUUAAACAAUUAGAAAAUAAUAUGAGAAAGUUAUCCUCCGUUUAGGGAAAAAUUUUAAAUUAUUUCCCACCAUAUCUAGAAGUGAUUAUUGGUUCCUAGUUUACAAUUCAAAUAACAUCUUGUGAUCGAAUCAUUUGUUUCAAAGUACAUGCUAUUGCACUUAAACAAUACAAAUUGGAGUAUUCAAUUAUUCAUAUAUCGUAUUAUAGGCAAAAAUUCAAAUUCUGUUGUAGCUGUAUGUGCAUUCCUGCUUGUAUUUGCUACAAAUGGACAUAUGCAGGUGAAUAUUGUGUGGCUUUUGACCUCUAAAUAUGUUCUAGACAACAUUUAAAUCAUUUAUAAACAAUUUCUUGCAGUUAUUACUUGAAUGUGAGUGUACAUCAUCAAAUUCUUCCCAGUACUUGCUAGUUCGUAUGCUGCUUUGCAACCUAAUCCAUUUGUUUGAGCCACCUCUAUAGCUCUAUAGCUUUCGUUACUUAACCACAAAAAGAUGACAAUUUUAUUUUUUUAUGAAGGUGGUUUUUUGAAUAUCUACCAGAUUCCUCAUUUUCAACCUUUACUUCGUAGUGAACACCUUUCUUUGUAAAAUGAUAUAUAUUUUCAAUUCUCGUCUUUUGCAAAAUUAUUAGAUAAAAAUUCAUUACAUUAACAUUUGUUGCACAAUUGUUCACACCAUUUAUUUCACACCCUUUAAGAUAUCAUUUAUUUUUCUAGAAAUAUUGAUGUUAGUUACUUUUAUAUGAAGUGGACGUGUGUGGAAAUCAUUUGGUCUUCCAAAGUAAUUAGUUUAUUAACUAUUAGCAUUUAUUGUUAAAAAAUGAUCAACUAUACAAAUGUGAUACCUAAUUCAGAACAGUAAUGAAAAAUGUACACAUUAUAAUUUAAGAGAUAUUAUAUUGAAGUUAAGCAAACUGUUGUUUCAGCUUUGUACCUAUAAUGAAUGUAUUGUUAAUUAUUUAUAGAGUACUAUUUCAAUUGAUAAUUUAUUUUUUAAAACUAUGUGUUGUGGGAGAACCAGAAGGAAAAAAUUGCCAAAGUUAAAAUAUCUAAGUAUGUUUAUAUUAUGAAAUUAAAACGUUUAAAACCA